AUGGCACAUUUCUCAUCAUCAGCAUUUGAAACAUUUAAUGAUAAUUUAACAGUACAUCGUUUUGUUUUUUCUAAUAUUAUUGUUCGAACAUUACGUUUUAAUGCACAAUAUCUUCUUUUAAAUGAUCAUAUAUUUGAUAAUGCUUAUAUUGGUCAAUUAGAUUUUGAAAUACCAAUAUCUGAAAUAAGUUUUUCAAAUUCAAAAAUCUAUUCAUUAUUAAUUCAAUCAUCAAAAUUUUAUGGUUUUACAAAUCAAAAUCGUGAAAUUAUUUCGACAACUAUUUCACAAAUAAAAUAUAAUCAUUUUCUUGAAUAUGAUAUUUUAUUACCAUUAAAUAAAAAAAAAAUUUCACAUCAAUUAUAUGAAUUAAAUGAUGAAAAUUCAUCGAAUGAAUCGGAAAAAACUAUUACUAUGAAUGUAACAUUAAUGACUAAUCCUAUAUUUAUAACAAUAUUUACAAUAAUUUCAAGUAUAAAUACAACAAAUUUAACUGAAUAUUAUUUUCCAAAUAAUAUAGAAUAUAGUCAAACAGAAGAAAUUGAAUUAUGUUUUAAUCAAAUAAAUUCUCUUAAUGCACAUACAUUUCGUCAUUUAAAACAAUUUAAAGGACGAUUAAUUUUAAGAAAUAAUCAAAUUAAAUAUUUAAAUCCAUAUGCAUUAAAAGAUUUAUUUUUAUUAAAAAAUUUAUCAUUAUCAAAUAAUUUUAUUAAAUAUUUAUCAUCAAUACAUUUUAAAGAAUUAAAUCAAUUAUAUGAACUUGAUUUAAGUUAUAAUCAAAUAUAUGAAUUAAAUAAUAAUACAUUUAAAUAUUUACAUAAUUUACAUAUACUUUAUUUAAAUAAUAAUCCAUUAGAAUUAAUUCAUUCAGAUGCAUUUUCAAAUCUAACAAAAUUAAAACAAAUUCAUUUUCAAGGUGUUAAAUUUAUUCAUUUAGUUGAUUUAUGGAUAUGGAAUUUAGCUAGUCUACAUGUUAUUGAUUUACUCAAAACUGAGUAA